CGCAAUUCCACAAGGACCGACAGCUAUAUAUACCGUUGCUGACUCAGAACUUUCACACGCAGACAAUCCAGUCUUCAUCUCACCAAACCGCUCUGUAAACCCAAGUUAGGGCUCACCACGUCAUCAUGAGGGCGAUAACGUCACUAUGUAUCCUGGUCGUGAUCGCCGCACUGAGCGAGGCUUUGACACCACACGCACGUUACGCACCAUAUGCGAAAAGAGGACUAAGGGACAUGAAUAGGCUGCUCCUCUGUCAUACUGGCAAGCCACUCUUCAAGUACAUCCAAUAUGGCUGCCACUGCGGCUACGAGGGCAAAGGCGAGCCAGUGGACGAUCUUGACAGGUGCUGUAUGGAGAAGGGCCGUUGCUACAAAGGGAUUAGUGAGUCACAGGUGUGCGGGCCAAACGAAGAUGCGCUCUACCGGGAAACAUACGCCACCUCUAGCGACUGUAAUUCAUGCGUGAGAGGUCAAGGCGAGUGCAGGUCCCAGCUGUGUGAAUGCGACUUAGCUGCCGCAAAAUGCAUCAAAGCGGCCACGUACAACCCCGAUCACGCUCGCUACAACAGGGACAAAUGCUGAGAGGUGAUUGGUCGAGAACUUGUCAUUGCUAAUAUUUGACACGAUAACGUCACUGCUGAUUAUAAUAAUUAUGUGAUUUGCGCAACGAUCAUAGAACAAUAAAUUGCUAAAUGAU